AGACCAAAAAGGUUUGAGGUCAAUUACUUACCAGACCUCCCUGAGGGGCAGAAUGAAGAUAGACUAGAGGUUGAAAGAAAGCUCCUGGUUGAAGAAAUGAAAAAAACGGAACCCCAGUGGAACUGUCAUUGCAUCUAAGAUGGACCAGACCUUCCCACUGCGGAGACGGGAGAUUGUGGAGGCUGAACCUCCAGUGAAAACCCUGAAGGAGCGCUGGCCAGCUCUUUUUACAGAGAGACAAGUGUUUGCUGAGUUCAACAGGAUAGCUACGACAAACCUGGAGAAUGACUUUUUUGGUGCUGUUGACCGCUACACACCACGCUUUGUCACAAUCGUCAAGUCCAAGAAAGGAAGUGUUGGAGAGAAACAGGCUGAGAUUGUGCAGCAAAUGGAUUCAAGGAAACCAGAUGUGACAGCAGUGCGUACCCUUGUUCUCCAAGGCAUCCCUGUUCUGCUUGGUGAUGACCCCAGUAACUUCUACAAUACCUCCUUUGAUUCUGACAGUGAUGAGGCCUGGGCCCAGGUAUCUGUUGGGUUGCUGACUGUCAUCAGUGAAGAUGUGCCUCUCUCUCCAAAUCAUCUCCAUCUUGACCCAGUGUCUACUGCCAUCAUUCUUGAAGGAGGUAUUGUAAUGGACAAUCUCCAGAACCUACCUCAAGCACUUUGCCUCUUGUUUGGGUUGUCCUAUGCACUACACUUGGACUACCCUAAAGCCAUGAAGAACACAUUCAACUUCAUUCAACGAGUGAUGCUUGGCCUGGGAGAGAACAAACUCCCCCCCCAAACUUCAAACUCUUAAAAAUCUCCUGUUGAGUUAGAAUGGUAAAAAUCAAGAGUGACAUUUGUCAUACCAUAUUAUUUGUUUAUAAAAGUGGGUCCAGUUGCUUUUAAUUGUUAACUAAAUUAAGGCACUCCUUUCAUAUUGUUUUAUAUCAGCCACUUGGUUCAUCAGCAAGUUACAUUAAGAGGCUGCAGGUGUAUGGUCAUUCAUACAUGUGAUCGGUUGCCAUAGUCAUUAUUGUACACUAACUGGAUGUCACUUGUACUUGUCAGCAGGUUGAUUCUGUCAGCAGUUUGGUCUUUAAACUUUAUUGUUAAUACAAAAGUAAAGCAGUUGUUCAGGAUUAUGUUAAAUAAAAGGUCAGGGUUGGAAUUUUCUUUCCACAAAUGAUAAAUGUAUGUCUUUUUAUAAAAGGCCGCCAAUUAUUACUGGAAGAUUAUUGAAGAACAAUUUUGGUACCGAUGUAUAUGGGCAGAGAGGCAAACAUUCAGUCCAACAGAGUCUGUUGUUCACACCCCUUGGUGUUGCUUUCACUCUGUACUUUUGAAGAAUGUUUUUAUAUUUUAUGGCAGAGUAAUAAGCGUGUGUGCGUUCUGGUUCUGUGAGAAGAGAUAUUCUGUGGUUGGCGCUAAUACCUUGACAUUGAUCAUUUUAGUCUGAAUGUUGUCUUCAAGUGGUACUGAUCACUUAUAGUAAUGACUAACAUUUUAAUCUCCUCAAAACUAAUUAGUAUCUCUAUCAGCUGUCUAAGGUGCAGAUUUGACUGUGUUUUCCCACUAAACAUCUCUGUACUGGAUACACUGAUAAAAUCAAGUAUAUUUCCCAAAAAUUCAUACUCCUAUAAAUAAUCCGGUAAAAAAAUGUUAACAAUAAAAUUAUUUAUCAGCCAAGUCAAGAAUUCAAAAUUGUG